AUGUCCGACAGUCAACUUUUCAAGCCAUUGAAGGUCGGCGACCUUGACCUUCAGCAUCGCGUGGUUCUGGCUCCGCUUACAAGAUUCAAAGCCGACGGAGAGCAUGUGCCUCUACCAAUGGUCUCCGAGUAUUAUUCUCAGCGGGCUUCUGUCCCCGGUACACUUCUUGUCAGUGAGGCCACGUUCAUAUCGAAGCGAGCUGGCGGCUACCCCAAUGUCCCUGGUAUUUGGAGCAGCGACCAAAUCGAAGCAUGGAAGGACGUCACCGCCAAAGUCCACAAAAAGGGCAGCUUCAUCUUCCUACAGCUCUGGGCCCUCGGUCGUGUCGCCAUGCCAGAUGUUGCAAAGGCAGAAGGCUUCGACAUUGUCAGUUCCAGCCCGACGGCCUUGGAGAUCGGAGAUCCCGUUCCGCGGGAGCUGACGAAGGGCGAAAUCGCGCAGUUCGUCGCUGAUUACGCCCAGGCUGCGAGAAAUGCUAUUGCGGCGGGAUUCGACGGGGUGGAGAUCCACGGUGCUGGCGGGUACCUUAUCGAUCAGUUCACUCAGGAAAACUGCAAUAUGCGGAAUGACGAGUAUGGAGGAAGCGUUGAGAACCGCUCUCGCUUUCUCCUUGAGGCUGUCCGUGCCGUGGUGGAUGCUGUUGGUUCUGAGAAGGUCGGGCUACGUCUAUCGCCCUGGCAAAGAUAUCAGGGCAUGAGGAUGGAAGACCCGGUUCCUCAGUUCACUCAUGUGAUUAGCGCUUUGAACGAGCUUAAGCUGGCAUAUUUGCACCUGAUCGAGGCUCGUGUCAUUGGAAACGACGACGGCGACGAUGACGACAAGAUCAAUCCUUUUGUAGAUGCCUGGGCUGGCCCCGGUCCGGUUAUUCUGGCAGGCGGGUUUAAUCCUGAUUCUGCAAAGGCCCUGCUUGAGGCAGAGUUCAAGGACAAGGACAUAUUGAUUGCGUUCGGGCGACAUUUUAUUUCCAAUCCCGAUCUCCCAUUCAGAAUCCGAGGGGGGUUGAAGCUUACUCCUUAUGACCGGAAAGUGUUUUAUUUACCGAUGGUGAAGGAAGGAUAUGUGGAUUACCCUUUCAGCAACGAGUUCCAAGACUACAGUGUGAGCUAUCGUUUAGAUAGGUGGUUGAUCGGGACGAAAGGCCUCUAA